AUGAGCAGAAGUAAGUAACAACCUCAAAGAUAAAUCGCUCCUUAAAGAAAAGCUCGUUCUGAACUUAAUGAAGAGUAGAAGCAAGAGAUUAAGGAGGCCUUUGAUUUAUUUGACACUGAUGGCACAGGAUACAUUGAUGUCAAAGAACUCAAGGUGGCUAUGAGAGCUUUGGGCUUUGAAACCAAAAAGGAAGAAGUCAAAUAGAUGAUUAAGGAGGUGGAUCGUGAAGGAAAAGGAGUAAUUGAAUUUCCUGAUUUUCUCGAAUUAAUGACAGUCAAAAUGGGUGAGAGAGAUCCAAGGGAAGAGAUGCUGAAAGCAUUCCGUUUAUUUGAUGAUGACAACACAGGAAAAAUCUCAUUGAGAAAUUUAAAAAGAGUUUCAAGAGAAUUAGGAGAAACAAUGACAGACGAUGAAUUGUAAGAGAUGAUUGACGAAGCUGACAGAGAUGGCGACGGAGAAAUAAGUGAGGAAGACUUUAUUAGAAUAAUGAAGAAGACCAACUUAUUUUGA